AUGUCAAGUACUAAGCUUCGUGUGACUUUCAAUGAUACCAUUGAUGAAAACGCGUACUAUAAGAAAUUCAGUCAACUACCACCAAAAGAUGUUCCAACUAUUCGAUUCAUUCACCAUACCACCCAAGAUUAUUUUACCGUUUUGAAUGAAGAUGCCGAAUACCUUGCGGAUAACUUUUAUAAAACUAGAAGUGUCAUUGAAGAAUCUAGAAAAGGCAAAAGAUUUGCCGUCUCUUUGCAAAAUUUCAAAGAACUGGUGAAGUUGUGUGUAAAAAACCGUAUUAAGAUUGAACUUUAUGAUAACAAGUCAUUCAAGCUUAUUGGUUCAGGAAGUGCUGGUAACUUAGAAGCACUCAGUGAGGAAUUUGGCAUUGACUUUGAGUUUGAUGAUGGAUCAAAUUCGUCCAUAGCUGCCAUUAAACUAGGUAAAAAAGUAGGUGUUUGUGUGGUAGAGAAUUCCACUAUUUAUUUUGCCGAGUUUGAAGAUAAUGAUGCUUUUUCAAAUUUGGAAAGUUUGUUGAUCCAGUUGGGAGUUAAAGAAGCAUUAAUUCCAUCAAAUAUUGAUAACAACAAGUUUUUGCAAGCAAUUAAUAAAGUCAAUGACUUGCAAAUUGGUGCAAUAAAGUCAUUUCCUAAAGACGUUGAACAAGAUUUGGAAAAGCUUUUAGACACCGACAAUGUGGAACUAACCUUGGCAUCAAAGGGGUUAAAUUCUAGUGACUUUGCCUUGUCAUUAUCUUGCUGUGGUGCUUUAAUUGACUAUUUGGAUUUGUUGAGUAGUUCUAAAGCUUUCACCAUUGAAAAGUAUAACCUUUCGUCGUUUAUGAAACUCGACUCAUCUACCAUCAAAGCAUUGAAUGUAUUUCCCGCUGGAAACCAAAAGACAGUUACUUCCAUUUAUGAAUUGUUUAAAUGCAAAACUACAGCAGGAUCAAAAUUAUUAUCUCAGUGGCUUAAACAGCCGUUGAUCGAAUUAUCAACAAUUGAAGAACGCCAAAAACUUGUCGAGUUGAUGAUUGAUGAUACCAGUUUAAGGGUUGACGUACAAGAUUUUUUGUCAAAAGUUCCAGACAUCAUGAGAAUCUUAAAGAAAAUUGGAUCUAAGAAACCAGGAAGUGAUAGCAAAAAAUUAAAUGACGUGGUUGGAUUAUACAAUGUUGUUCAAUUAUUGCCCAAUCUACUUGAUGUUUUAACAGUUGAUUAUUAUUUGACUCCACUCAAACAAAGUGCGGCAUCAUUGGCUAAAUUUUGUGAAUUAGUGGAAGUUUCCAUUGUACUUGAUGUUGCUCAAUAUGAGGAUAACAGGAUUAAGCCAGAGUUCAAUCCAAAGUUGGUAGAGUUGGAAAACCAAAUGUCUUCGUUAAUUGAUGCUAUCAACCAAAUACAUCUAAACGUUGGUGAUGACUUGAAUAUUGACGUGAAUAAGAAGUUGAAAUUGGAAAAUCAUCAAACUUAUGGUUGGUGCUUGCGUCUCACUCGUGCUGAAUCGGUUGUUAUAAGAAAUAAAAGACAAUAUGAACAGCUACAAACACAAAAAAUGGGAGUUUUCUUCACUACCACCGAAUUGAAGAGGCUUUCAGCUGAAUAUUCAGAUGCCCGUGCUCAGUAUGAUAAAGAACAGAGUGCCAUUACUAGAGAGAUUUUAUCUCUUGUUUUGUCCUACGAAAAUGUUUUCGGCUCUCUUGCUGGAACAUUGGCGCAUUUAGAUGUUAUUGCUACUUUGGCCACAUCUGCUAUGCUAAACUCAUAUGUUAAACCUAAAUUACAUCCAUUUGGUACAGAUAGAAAAAUCAAGUUGGAAGAGUCUAGACACCCACUUCUUGAAGUUCAGGAUGACAUUAACUUUAUUUCCAAUGAUGUUUCAAUGGAUGAAAAUCGUUUCGUCGUUAUCACUGGGCCAAAUAUGGGUGGUAAAUCAACGUAUAUAAGACAGAUCGGUGUUGUUGCCUUGUUGGCACAGAUUGGAUCAUUUAUCCCUGCAAACGAAGGAGCAGAGUUGCCAAUUUUUGAUGCAAUAUUAUCUAGAGUUGGUGCUGGCGACUCGCAAUUGAAAGGUUUAUCCACAUUUAUGAUUGAAAUGUUGGAAACGUCGUCCAUUUUAGCUACUGCUACGGAGAAUUCGUUAAUUAUCAUUGACGAAUUAGGAAGAGGAACUUCAACUUACGACGGUUUUGGACUUGCAUGGGCUAUCCUGGGACAUUUAAUCAAUGACAAGAAAUGUUUCAGUUUGUUUGCAACCCAUUUCCAUGAGUUGAACAAUUUAGCCGAAAAGUAUCCUGGUAAAGUGCAAAAUCUUCAUGUUGUUGCACAAGAGAACGAAGAAAAUGAUAUCACUUUGAUGUAUAAAGUAGAACCAGGUAUUUCUGAUAAAUCAUUUGGUAUCCAUGUUGCAGAAUUAGUUAAAUUCCCACAGAAAAUUGUCAAUAUGGCCAAAAGAAAAGCGGAAGAGUUGAGUGAAGAGCCACCAUUAAAGAAGAAGUGUUCACCAGAAGAAACAAAGGAAGGAAUGGAUAGAUUAAGAACCAUUCUCAAACAAUGGAGAGAAAACGACAACCUAUCUACAAAUUCCUUGAAAACAGCACUUUCUAACGAAUCUAAUAAGUUUAUAUUGGAGAUUGUUGAAGACUUAUAA